GGAAAACCGUGCUCCAUUCGGAAACCCUGCUGCUUAAAUGCAGAGACCCAGGAAAGCGAGUCCCAUGUCCAUCUCCUCCCAACCUGACCUCAGAGAAAUCCAAGACCACUGGAGAAAUCCCACCCAAAAGUAAAAAGCAACCUCUUCUGAGAGCUCUUCUUUCUUCUCCCUUCUAAGAUGAUAUGAAGCCCAUCAUGAGGUUGUAAAGCAUCCCAGGGAAGUGGUUGUGUUCCCUGUCCUACUUUUCUUAAAGGUAUGUAUAAAAACCAGCUACAAGAGCUAGCACAGAGGAGCUGCUUCAAUCUCCCCUCCUAUGCUUGCAUAAGGGAAGGACCAGACCAUGCACCAAGGUUCAAAGCCUCGGUUAACUUCAAUGGAGAGAUCUUUGAGGGGCCAAGCAACUGCACCACUCUAAGGCAGGCAGAGCAUGCUGCAGCUGAGGUGGCCCUCACCAACCUCUCCACCAGAGGUCCUUCCAAGUCUCUGGCAGCUAGAGUCCUUGAUGAGACUGGGGUGUACAAGAACCUUCUCCAAGAGACUGCUCACAGGGCUGGCUUGAAGCUCCCUGUCUACACUACCGUGAGGUCAGGGCCUGGCCACCUCCCUGUCUUCACUUGCUCUGUGGAGCUCGCUGGCAUGAGCUUCCCUGGUGAGCCAGCGAAGACCAAGAAACAAGCUGAGAAGAAUGCUGCCAUGGCUGCUUGGUCUGCUCUUAAACAAAUGCCAGAUUUGGGUUCUUCCUCGCAGCAGGCCAGAGAGAAAGAGAGCAGUGAAGAGCAGGAAGAGGUGGUUGUGACGAGAGUUUUAUCUAAUUUAAGGCCUAAAGAGGAGAGCAAACCAGUGAGACACAGGACUCAGCAUCAACAGAGGAGCAGGGUGGUGUUAGGCUCUAGAGAGGGCACCUCUGCUUCUUCUUCUCUCUAUUCUUUAGCAUUUCAUCACAGAUGGAAGGUCUUGGAUCCUCUGCGUGCUCAGCAACAGAGAUGUUUCCUAGCUCCCAAGAUAUUACCACCAAUGACCUUGUUGCAGCACUCUUCCAUCACCUCUCAAGAGCCACCUUUCUCCAAGGACAAGAGCAGCAAUGUACCUCUCUUCUCAUCAAAAAGACCAAUGCCUUCUGCACCACGGCUGGAAGAGAGACCAAAGGAUGAGGAACAGAGCAAUGGGAAUUCGCCGGCGAAGCCAUAUACUCCUACGCCGGCGGCCUAUUCCCGGGCUUUUUCUAUAUCGAACACGUCGGCCGCCAGCCGAGUGAUGGAUCAAAGAACCCAGCAAACCCAGAUGAGUGCCCGGCCAUUUUGUCCCUCUCCUUGUACCAAUCCUUCAACUGGAACAGCUUCCUGCAAGAAAUCUACAGGCAAUUCCAUUUCCAACAGUGUUUGCCAGUGGUGGAUACCGUCCGCCCGGUGUUGCUCCUGCUGUGCAUAUAAGAUCUGUGAUUCCGGUCUGCGCUGCCCCGCCGAUGAGGCCAGCAGCUAACACCAUACCAGUCCAGAAGAAAGAAGGAGAGAUCUCAGCAGCCACCACCUCAAAAGCUCAACAGGCUCCACUUAUGAAGAUGGGAUGAAUUACUUUGAAGUAUCCAUAUAAACUUUUAAUCUUAUCAUCAUGCAGGUUUUGAAUUUUAUGGGUUUGUUUUUGAGAACUCUCUCUUGCUUUUGCUUCUUUGAAUUCAUGGAUUCUGGCUCAUGGUUCUUCAGCUGAUGGUGGUUCCUCAGAGGAAUUUUGUCACACCUUGCUAUGUAAUCGAUUAACUUCUACUCUAUGUUCUCCAUGUUUUCAAUGACAACUUAACCGCAGACUAGAA